UUGAUUGUUUGGUUGUGAGGAAGUGCAGCCUUUACCCUGUCGGUUAAAGGUACAGAGUCACUAGUCAACGGGUAGAAGUAAACUUAAACCCGCAGACCGUAAAUACUGCGAUCUAGUCCUGAAACCGCCCUGCAGUUCAUUUCUUCAGCGUCAAACACCUCUCUUAGCACGGUAGUGUCCCAACACUGGAGCUUCUGUUAUUGAUUGGGAUACGAGGCCCUUCGAAACGCCCCGUUGACGCUUCGCAGAUCAUUUCAUCAGCCAACAUUAGAAAAGAGAUUAACAACCGAUCACUUUGGAUUCUAAAUGGCCUCUAGGAAAUCAGGAUCAGAUUUUCAGAACUCUGGUGCAGGUGUUAGUUAUUUGGAUGAUGUCACAUUUAAGAUUGGUGAUAAAUUCAAGAUUCCAACCAAAGUGGGAUUUCCUAUUGGACUUUGUAUACCAGACUACUCUACACGACUUGGAGAGUUCCAUUACGAUUUCUCUUUGGAGAAGCGAACAAUAAAAUGGGCUGAAGAGACAAAACGGAUUAAAGCUGCACAAAAGGCAGCAAGUUUAAACAGGGAAGCUCCUUCCAUGACACCUGAAAGUGAGGUGUUCACGGGGAGAAAAAGUGAAAUCCAAUCCACUGAUGGAUCACACUCUUCAACAGUUUCACUGCCUUUUAAUCCGUUAUUUGCCGGCUUAAGGCACAGCAAAAUUUUAACUCCAUUGCCAGCUAACAGCAAUAUGGUGAAGCAAAAAGAUCCAAGUCCCCCCUACACAAGUAAAUUCAAUAUUGCAGACUUUGAAAGUGAAGAGGAUCCUUUUGAUAAACUGGAAUUGAAAACACUCAAUGAUAAAGAAGAACUCAAAAAUAUUCUCGCUGUUCAAGCAAGUUCACGGCCAAUGAUCAUUCCACAAUUGAAUAAUGGCCUGGACGUGCAGAUUGUGGGACACACAGAUGCACUACCGAGCCCAGAAGUUCAGGCCUCGUCUGAGGAGGUUGUCUCAGAUUUCAAAUCUCUUCAUAAGCCAAAUGGCCUCAUCAAUUUGCCACAGUUGGAGAGCUGUGAAAAAGUGCCCUUUACUGCCAAAGUAUCUCUCCCACAUGCUUCAUCUGUCAGCAAUAUCAAAUCUUUGUCCUUUCCUAAAUUGGAUUCUGAUGAAAGUGAGCGGAAGACUGCUAAGCUUGCUGGCACUUUCCACAGCACAAGCCUACCCAAUGGCACUUUGUUUAGUUCAGUAAAGAACUGUGAACAGUACAAAGGUGGUGGUUUGAAUGGACAUGACCUCCCUGUUGUAUCCACGCGUUCCUCGUCAAGUUUUGACCUCGGGAUUGAUAACAUAGCAGCGUCGUCUUCCAAGUGUGAGGUUCCGCCAGUUAUUUCAACAACUGGAACAGAGCAGUCCUCUCAACAUGUAGCAAAAGUGGUUAGUUCUCAAGACCAUCCCACUGCAGAAUUGUUCACCACAAAUGUUGGAGAUGCCUCAAAGAGACUGGAGUGUGUUGAUCCAUUUCAAACAUUAACUCCAAGUGAGAGGCAGUGUGCAGAAACUAUAGUUAGCAUGGGAUACUCCUGCGAGAAUGUAAUAAAAGCCAUGCAGAAAAAAGGAGAAAACCUAGAACAGGUCCUUGAUUACUUGUUUAUUCAUGGACGACUCUGUGAGCAAGGCUUUGAACCAACACUAGUAGAGGAAAGCCUAGAAAUCAAUCAGUGUUCAGAGCCAAAGACCCUGGAAUUUCUUCACCUCAUGACUAAGUUCAGAGAAAUGGGCUUUGAGCAAGGCGUUAUUAAAGAAGUCCUCGUUGUUCACAAAAACAACCAGGAGAAAGCUCUGGAAGACUUAAUGACCCGUGCAGGAGCCAGCUGAAAGCAUCUCUUCCAUCUCAGCUUGAUUGAGGCUGUAGAGGGGAAAGAAGUUCAUCCCACAUACGAUUCAUUUUCCAGUUCUGUUUUAUACACACGGCUGUGUAUUUCUUUAUUUUUAUUUGGAAUGGGAUUGGAAGGGAUGGGCAGGCAUUAGGAAACAAACUCUGCUUUAUAAGGAAGUCUAAGCUGAAGAAGACACAAGUACAAGAUGUCUGUGUCUUAACUCUUAAUGUUUUUACAGCUUCCCUGGAUCAAGGAACCUGAAAUAGUACGGCUGAAGUAUUUUUCACUCGUCUUUCCAAACAUAAGAGAUCAAUAUAUUCAAUGUUAAGUUUUUCUGAGUUCUCCACCCCAUCCAAAUUCCCCUUCCAACAACAAUACUACAAAUUGUGCAUUGCCAUUCUCGCAGUGGAGUUUAGUUUGGUAUGUGGAAAAGCUGGAUAAUAAUUUUCUAAGGUUAAAGCUGCUUUUUUUGUCCUUUGUGAAAGGAUACAUUUACUGGACUGUAGGCUAUUUUAAAGUUGUUUAUGAUUACAUACCCUAUAGUGCAAUAGGAAUUAAUAGAUUGGGACUAGUCUGUCAUCUGUCACUGGCUGGGUGUUGCGUUACUAAAUGAAUGGGCAGAGAGAGCAAAACUCUCAUUCUUAACAAACAAACAAGAAGAAAAUGAGCAAACCCAGCAGUGAUUUGCGCUCCAUCCCUGUGUGGGUCAAAUUCACAUAGAUUCCCUUAUAGGAAAUCUAUUCCUAGACUCUUAAAAGAAUUGCAGCGUGAGGUAAAUUUUACAUCUACUUUAAGCACUUUCUUUAAAUUGUCUUGUUGCCGCUGCACUUGUUUCAUUCUCACUGUUGUCAAAUGUUACGUUAUGUCUUCCUCACCGCUGUAGUUCUGGAGUGUUUCCUUUACUAUUAAUCUUCAUUAUUAACAGCAACAAAUUAAUUUUCUUUUCAUAUAAGAACAGAAAUCACAUUGUUCUGUAUUUUACAUUUCACAACAACUUCAAACAUCGGAAGCAUUUCUGAAUCUUAAAUGCUAAAAAGUUUGAUUCUGCAGAAACAGGUACUAAUAAAACUUCAAAAAUGUGUUUCACUUCUUUGAUUAAAGUUUUAACUCUGAUUAUUCUAACUUUCAAUGAUUGAACAAUUUAAUAUAACAAAUUAGGUUUUGAUCAAAUUUCAAACUGAACUCUAGGAAAGAAUUUUUUCUCAUAGAUUGGUGGAGUAUUUUUCUGUUCCUGGUGAAAUUAGUUAAAUUGCAGUCUUCUGGAAAUAUUAGAUUUCUGCUGCAGUUUUUUUUUUGGCCCAGGUGGUUGCCAGGUCAUCCCCUCAACACUGUGCAUAACCCACUCACUCUCCCCCCCCGCCCCCCCCCGAGCUGCCUGCAGAUGUUAAGUGUUUAUAACAAACAAGUUUUACAUAGUUUAUCAAUCCAAUCGAAUAUGUCUCAUGGUGUUUGCAAAUUACUAUAAUGAACAUCAAUUCUACAUUUUUGGAAUUUUCUCAGUCUGGUCUGCAUUUUUUAUGUGUUUGGAUUCUCAAAUUUACUUGUGCUCUUUUAACAAUUAUUCUUGGUAAGAAUUCACAUUAAUUGAGUUAGAAUGUUAAUGUAGGUAGGUUGGAUGCUUUUGCAUCUGCAGAAGAUGCAAGUGUGUACUUUAGAAAUAACUUUCAAAGGACAAUCAUUUUUAUAAUUGGAUCUGCUCAGUUCAUAACUUUUUGAAUGGUUUCUGUUUCCAGAUACCUUCUGAAUCAAACCUUGGCUUAUCCAAAAGGCUGUUGUUUCUCCAUAAUGCCCUGCAUUAGAUUUUAUUGACACAUAACCCAGGCCUUGUUGGCCUUUGCUAACUCAAAUGCACACAAAGCCUCGUCUUUAGUCGAUAGCUUAUUCCAUUCACCACUCCGGGUUUCUCUUCUAGUAACAGUAAUGUGUUUACAUGGCACCUUGCACAUAGUAAAGUUUUAUAAGAUGUUUCACAGGUAUAGCAAACCAGAUUUGACACUGAGACCCUUGGGAAGUAUUUCCAUCAUUUUCUGUUUCAAUUAGUAGCACCAUGUCUUCUGAAGCCAUUGGCAUCAAUGAGGAAAAAUUAAGAAUUGCCAUGACUAAUCCAAUCUUCAUGUACCAGCUCCAGAACCUGUAGCUUAUUGCUCUUCAAGCACAUGUGCAUAGACUCCAGUAUUUUGAAGUUUUUUGUCUUGACUACAUUUUCAGUAUAUUUCUGAACUCUACCACUCACCUUAAACACUUAUGGAUGCUGCAUUUAAUGGUGUCUUAAGCUACUAAUUUUUAAAAAAUAAUAUCAUUUUGAAAGUUAUUUUGGUAUUAGGGAAUUAAAGUUUUUGACUGAGCUGCUUUGUGGCUGUGGAGUUCCUCUUUUGAUGGGUUAUCCUCGUAGCAUUGAUCCAUCUAUGGAAAAACCUAAAGCUCCUCUCCUUCCAUUUCCUCUGAGUGUAAAGAACUCUUCAAACCCCACCUUUUCUUAGUUCAGUUGUCUUGCACCUUGCCUAAAUUAUUUGCUACAUGAACCAUAACUCGCUAUCGUUCAUCUGAGAAAAGUUUGAUAUACUGUCAGCAAACAAGUAUGAAUUAUUAGUAAACUGGAAUUUUAUGCACAUGAAACAUGUCUUUUGGAAUCAAAUUGUGGAUAGACCAACAUCAAUAAAGUUCAUUUUUCUCUCUUUGAAGCUAAUUCAAAGUAUCAAACGUCACAAAUCAGUUUGUGGUAAAUUGGAUGUUUCAAUCCAUUAGUGGAAAUCUAAUUUCAAGAUAACUUUUUAAUUGGAUUAAUGAAUGCUUUAGGAAAACCUGCUUCAUUAUUUAGUGGGUAAAAUAUUCUCAUGUGCCUAUAUAUACAUACUCAGUGGCCGCUUUAUCAGGUAUGCCUUUACAUCUGCUCAUUAAUGCAAAUAUCUAAUCAGCUAAUCAUGUAGCAGCAACCCAGUGCAUAAAGGCAUACAGAGAUGGUCAAGAGGUUCAGUUGCUGUUCAGACCAAACAUCAGAAUGCGGAAGAAUGUGACUUUGACUGUGGAAUGAUUGCUGAUGCCAGACAGAGUGGUUUGAGCAUCUCAAAAACUGCUGACCUCCUGGGAUUUUCAUGCACCACAGUCUCUUAGAGUUUACAGAGAAUGGUGCGUAAAAAAAUAUCAAUUGAGCGGCAGUUCUGUGGGCAAACACACCUUGUUAAUGAGAGCGGGCAGAGGAGAAUGGCCAGACUGGUUCAAGCUAACAGGAAGAUAACAGUAACUCAAAUAACCACACAUUACAACAGUGGUGUGCAGAAAAGUAUCUCUGAAUGCACAACACAUCAAUCCUUGAAGUGGAUGGGCUACAGCAGUAGAAGACCUCACUGGAUCCAACUCCUAAACCUAAUAAAGAGGCCCCUGAGUGUAUGUAGUAUACUGUCACCAGUGGAGGGUAUCAAUCAAAGAUUCUAGCUUCAUACCUCACUCUCCACUGCUUAAACUUACUGAUAGAAUAGAUUUUGUUGACAUUCUGCAAGAACAAAUGAAUUUAACUCUACCAAUAUCACUCAACUGGAAAGUUUGUGAAAUUCACAUUAUGAAUAUCUUUUCAAUGUUUUCCAAAUAAGUCAAAGUUGACAGUAAAACUCUCUCUACGGCUAUCAUCAGGAUUUUUGGUUGUUAGCAAGACACAUAAAAAAUGCUGGUAAGCGCAGCAGGCCAGGCAGCAUCUAUAGGGAGAGGUACAGUCGACGUUUUGGGCUGAGACCCUUUGUCAGGACUAACUGAAAGAAGAGGAUGCUGCCUGGCCUGCUGCGUUUACCAGCAGAUUUUAUGUGUGUUGCUUGAAUUUCCAGCACCUGCAAAUUUCCUCGUGUUUUGGUUGUUAGUACAGUUUUGAUUGUAUUUUCAAUUCUGUUCUUUUUCUAACUUUGGUUGAAAUAAAACAAUAUAUUCUUACCCACCCAAUACAUUUGCUGCUUCUGGGGGGAAAAAUGUGGGGAAACAUUUGGCAAGGAGUUUCAUAUUUUCCCUCGCACUCUCUUACUUUGGUAAUACUGUAUUAUAGAUGGAAAAAGACUGCAGAGAGACUCGUGAGACAAUGUAGGACUCGGGCUAGGAGAGACAAAGGAGGUGUGGUUUCAUAUAAGGCCUUAUCAAUUUAGGGUGAGGAGAAUGUCUUCUCAAAGAAUAGCAAAUCUUUGGAAUUCUCUAUCUCUGAGAGUCACAGAAGCUGAAUCAUUGAAUAUAUUCAAGGUUGAAAUGGACAGAUUGGUGAUCUACAGGGGAGUUGAGGGUUAUGUAUCAUAGGUCCAAGUUUACAAAAGUCACAACCUGAAUGAAUGUUGGAACAGGCUUGAGAGGUUAUAUUGUCAAUUCCUGCACUUACCACGUUCAUAGUCUUGGAGCCAUACGGUAUGAAGUCAGGAAAUUCAGCCCAAUUAGUUCACACCAGUCUCAGUCCAAAACAUUAACUGUUCAUUUCCCUCAAUAGAUGCUGUCUGAGUUCCUCCAGCAUUUUAUGUGUGUAGUUCAUACUGAGCAAGGUUUUAGUUCAAGGGUUCCCAAUCUGGGCUCCAUGGACCCCUUGCUUAAAUAUUGGUCCUUGGCAUGUAAAAGGUUGGGAACCCUUGUUUUAAUUAGUCUUAUUUCCUACAUUUAGCACUUUCCUAUUCUGUGUACUGGUCUAAAUGCUCUUUAAACUUCACUGUGGUAGCGUAGCGGUCAGUGCAAUGCUAUUACAGCUCGGGUGUUGGAGUUCAGAAUUCAAUUCCAGUGUCGUCUAUAUGGAGUCUGUCCGUCCGUCCUCCCUGUGGAAUGUGUGGGUUUUCUACAGGUGUUCCGGUUUCCUCCCACCAUCCAAAGUUGUACCGGUUCCUAGGUUUUUUGGUCAUUGUAAAUUGUCUGUGAUUAGGCUAUGGUUGAAUUGCAGGUUGUUGGGGCAGCACACUUCAAAUGUAUGGAAGGGCCUUUUUUGCGCAGUAUCUCUAAAUUAAAGAAAAAUAAACUUUGUAAUUGUACCUGCCUCCACCACUCUCUGCAAAAAUUUGCCCUUCAGCUUCCUUUAAAUCUUUCCCUCUCAUCUUAAAGUUGUGAAUCUUUCCUGUACCCUCCAGUUUAAUCACAACAAUAUGGCCCAGGACUGCACAAAAUAAUCCGGGUGUGGCCUUGCCAAUGUCUUGUAGAGCUAUGAUGUCCUUAUACUUCUACUCUAUGCCCUAUCUGCUGAAGGCAAGCAUGCCACGUUCCUCUUCCACCACCUUGCCUAACUGUAUCAUCAUUUUUCAAGGAACUCUUUCUUUUUAUAUCCUUUCCCUAUCAUUCUCUGUACAUUGUGCCUUAGUUCAGCUUCCCAAAAUGUGUCACUUUGUACCUGUCCAAGUCAAAGUCCAUUUGCCAAUCCUUUGCCCACUUUUCCAGCGGAUCUAGAUCCUGUUCUCACUGUCCACCACACCACCAACUGUGGUGUCUUCCACAGUCUUACAAGCCAUUCCAACCACAUUCUCAUCCAAGUUGUAAAUAUGGAUGACAAACAAAGGACGCAGCACACUGAGUCACAACCCUCCACUUCCACUCUCUAACUC